GCCCGACGGCACUAGGAGGCGCACCCGCAAUGAACUGGCUGCCCGCAGUGCUCGCCGCAAUGCCCCUGGCAAUCAAAGGGAAAGAGCCGACACUGCGGCCCCCCGUGCUCAGGAGAUGAAUCAGCAGCCCUGGCGACAAGCGACCGAUCGCGAGAGCCGACAGCCACACUGGCAGAAUGCGCGGGGAGCCGACGCUCGGCCCCGGGAUCAACAUCAGGACUGGUACUACGACGAGGAGGACGAAGAUGAUGAGGACUACCAGUUUGACGCCAGUGACCGGCACGAAGUGCAUGCGACGGAGGACGAAGAGGGCUACCUCAAGAUCUGGUGGCAGGGAGAAUGGUGGUUCCGGCAGAAACCGCCAGACCCACCGGCAUCGCCAAAAAAGAGACAGCAGGCUAGCAGCUCGAGCGAGCAAAGGAGGCCUACCAUUGAGGGCGCCGUUCCCCCGGCCCCUGCCCAGCAUGUCUCCGAGGGCCUCAAGCAGUUCGUCCCCCCUGCCCGAGACAGUGUGCCUCCACAAUCCUUGAGAGCCGUGCGUGAGAAGUGGAACCUGCUGGCCAUCAUCGAAGAUGACAUCAAUGUCCUGCGCAAAAAGAAGGUCGCCCUCAUGUUCAAAACUUUCUUCGAAAUGGGGCACUUCGUCAAGCAUCAUGACGACUUCCACCACUCGGAGUCCCUGAAGAUCAUCCCGGCCGCAGGCAACUGGAACCUUGCGUUUGCCAUGUGCCUGAUUUCCAGAGACAAGCUCCACUACGCGAACCACUCCACCUUCGGCACAGCUGUGGAAUGCUGGUUAUGGAGCCUGUCCAAAGAUGCGGACUUCGAGCCCAUCCUCACCCAGUUCGCCGGCAUGCUGCACAGCGUCAUCGCACUGUUUGAGGGAGUCCCCAUGUCGCUGCAUGAACAAAUCCAUUGGUUCGAUAGUCAUCAAGACCUGGCAAUCAAAUUCGACUACUACUUCCCCACCGAGCAGCUGAAGGAUGAUGAGCAAAUUGUCCGUGUGGCAAUUCAGGACCAAACCAGCCAGGACAGCAGAGAUGAUGACAUGCCGGACAGGACCUCCAAGCACAGGGGAAACACGGCUCCUGCAACCAGGACUGCCGAGCUGGCUUCGUCUGAUGCCUAUGUGGAGAUGGAGGUUGACUACCCAACGGGGCAAACGCCACCAAAUCAAUCUGGCAGCAUCCCCCACUCCCCGCGCAGGGUCGAGAGAUAUAACAUCUACACGGAGACGACCUACGCCAGCAGUGAUGGCACCUCUCUGCCCAUGCCAGCACGCGAUUCGGCCCCCCUUGGGGAGCCGACGAAGCUCUACUGGAAACUGGAUCAGUCUCUCUCCAAAAGACUGUCAGUUGUUCUGAGGCACGACUCUGAAGACUUCGGCUUGACGUUCGACGAGGCAGGGUGGACCAAGGUGUCAGACCUUUUACGUACCUCCAUUAUGAAGGAGAAGGGGGCAACCCUCAACUACAUCCGCUCGGUGGUCUACUGGAACGACAAGCAACGCUUCGCGCUCGAAUGGCGAGGUGCCGAUCUCUACAUCAGGGCGGUUCAAGGUCACUCCAAGAAAGGAAUACGUGAUGAAGCGGUCAUGCGGCCCCUUGGGGAUGCCGAGUUGCCGGAGCACGUCCUCCAUGCAACCAACUGGGACUUCUACGGCUCGAUCUUGGCGAAGGGCAUCAUCACGGGAGGCCUCUCCCAGUCCCGGACACACAUUCAUUGCGUGUCAGUAGACAAAAGUGAAUAUCGGAAUUACCCCGCGCAUUGUGACAUCGCAAUCAUACUCUCCCCGAAAGAAUCGGGGGCCGUCUGGUUCCGUUCAAUGAACGGCUACUAUUUAACCCGGGGUGCCGAUGGCAAGCUGGCCCCGCAUUGUAUAAAGGCCGUCAGGAUCCUGGCAUCGGGAGAAGAAGUUUUUGGCUCAGAGGGGCCACCGGCUGCUGACCUCGUCAUGCAAGCCAUCGUUCGGACUAUGAUCGACGAGAUGUCCCAGACGCACAUCACCGAGCCGCGCUGGUCCCAAGUCCAGCGGCUGGGCCCCAAGCUUUCGAAGCCUCUUCUGGAUGUGGCAAUACGUAAUCACCACAACAGCAUCGGGUGGAUCGCCAAGAGAUCGCUGCGACGAGCUCGCGCACGAGCCUAUGCCACAGGAAACACACUGGAAACAGGAGGGGUGCCGCACCUUCUCGUCCGGCCCCUGGUUCGUCGUCUCCUCAGGGGCUACAGGAACGACUUGAUUAUUGCGGGUGACUUCAACUGCUCCAUCAAAACCUCGAGGGGAUUGAUAGGUAGUGCCGUGGUUGCCAAAGUAGAGGGAUCGCCUGACGAAGAUGACUUUCUCGGAAUACUCCAGGCUCACAUCCGUAGAGUCGCGCCAUGUCGCCUCCCGAACCCAGUCAAACCUUCGAUGGCGUCGAGGCAAUGCAUCCAAGACUCCAUUGCACAAGCAGAUGACCGGGCUAAGAAGUUAAAGCACCUCAUCGAUGCGGAUAUUCAGAAGCUGGACCCUGACUUGCAUCUUCACAGCUUCACGCGGCAGGUGGAUGAGAUCAUGAAAGAACACAUGCAAACCGUCUACCCUCCAGAACCUGCAGUUGACAACCGCGUUUCGCAAAAUCCGCAGUUUAAGCACACCGCGAAAGAGAUGUGGGCUAAGUACAGGGAAUGGAAAUCCACCAAAGCGAACAGCUUAAUCGAAACUCUCCGGAAAUGGAAAAAGUACACUGAGUUUCGCGUGGCCUCUAAAGCGAUGAAACAAACGGCCAAGAAAAUUAAACGUGAAAAGCUGCAGGCUGUCGCCGAAGACCUUCAAGCAGCUGCCGCUAAGGGCGAUCAAAGGAAAGUGUGGAUGAGCGCUAGAAAAUUAGUAGCCAAAACGCUGGAACCCAUCCUGAUGCGAUCCUGGGGGGAGGAGUCCCUCUGCGUCAUCCCACACGUGUGGAAAGACACAUACCUCGUAUGGUUAAAUGCGCAGGAGGCAUAUGCUUCUCCCUUGACCUUGAGGGGGCAUUCGACAAUGUACCUCGCACUGCCCUUGUAUCACUGCUCAGUUGGCGUUCAUGAGGACCACGUCACGACCACACGAGGCAUCAAACAAGGCUGUACGGUCGCGCCGUAUUUGUUUGUGGCACACACAAUUGCUAUCAUUGACACACUAGCGGAGCGCCUAGGCUGGGACUGGGUAACGCAGCUAUUCACUUUUUACGCCGACGACGCCUUAGCCGCAUGGACGUUAAAAAGCGCAGAAGACCUUCAGGGUGCCAUUUGCGGCAUCCAAAAAGUCGUGCAAACCUUUAACGACCACGGUAUGACUCUCAGCGCAACCAAAUCGGUCGUGCUGUGUCACGCCAAGGGAGCAGAUGCCAUUAGGAUUUUGCAGAAACUUAAAGUCUUCAAGGACAAACUCCCACACCUUGCCUUCAUGCAACACGGCGAGCAGAUUCUGAUCCCUCUCAGGAAAACACAUCAGUACCUAGGUACCAAAUCUGGAGAGCCGGGGUGUGGAGCUCAGCAGCGCACGGGCUACUGGCGGUGGGCGUUAGACCCACAGGUCCGGGCGCAGCUCGCGCUGGCUAUCAACUCACUCCAUUCGAUGAAUACAGGAUACUGCCCUGUUCUUUAUCCGGAAUGCAGUACUCAGGGAGCCGCGGUCGGCCCCGAAGCAGAUACGAGCACCAAUCCAAAAGCUCCAGAGGAGGCCACUGCAAAUGAGCCGCCUCCCAUAGCCCAAAAGCCGGUUCUUGAUGUUGCUCGGCAACAAGGCUGGAAAAGUCUGCUGGAUGCCGAUGUUGUGUCGUCCCUCAAGCAACAUUGCUGUGUUUGCAAGCGAUGGAUCGCCGAUCCCACGGCUCUGAAGCGACACAUAGUUAGGGCCCACAAGGACGUGUGGGCAGUCACCGCCAACGGCAAACUUGAGGACUACACUGUGAACAUGACGACGGAAGUGGUGAGCGUCUUCGGCAACCUACUACCAGGGCUAGCGACGAACAUGAGAGAAACCUCGAAGCAGCCGAGAGAAAUGGACCGGGAGACCGAGAACGCACCGAACAAGCGACCCAAAGCGGCCCGGCGAGGACAGCGGGGAGGCCGGCGACAAAUUGCAGACGAGAACCUGAACUCGGUGGUGACGCUCCUGGCAAAUCUAUCGCUGCAGCAGGAGGACGCCCUGAACCGUCUACGCCUGGACACAUCCUUCACUUUCCACCUCCAGCAACAAGGCCCAGGAACCAUAUUGCUGCCGCUUUUCAAGGCGGGGCAGGAAUGGCAGCAAAAACAGAAGAAAGGAGAGAACGUCCCCCCGAUGAGAAUCGUUGCGCUGGGCCUCCUGCUGAAAGAGGUCGUGGCAAGAGUACAACUGAUGGUGGGAGAUCCCACGGCCGUGGAGAAUGCGAUGAAGCAUCAGUGGCUAGACCAGCAGAAGCGCUUCGUGUAUCAGGAGUGGAACUCGGCCACCAAAAAGGUGGAGCCGUCGGCGACGGCCAAGAGCCUGAAGGUGGAAGAGGCGACGGAGCUCAUCAACCAGGUCGCCGAGCUGUGUCUUCCGGAUCUGGUCACCAGGUUCUGCGCCCAAAGGCGUCCCAAGCAAGAGCCCCAGGAAGGCGACAAAGCAGUGUUCCUCAUCGAAGUAGCCAUGAGAGACCCGAGAGCAGACAUCCUGCAUCAGAAACUGCGACAGUUGGCCAACUGCGCGGUUUGGAAUGUGGUGGGGGCGCAACUGCAGCCGCCAAACCAGCAACGCCACGGACUGGCAAUGGCACUGCAAAAGGCCCUGGAAAACAUCUGA